AGCUUUCAUCUUGAUUGUUGUUUCCUUGUGCUGAAUCUUGCUCCUUCCCUUCAAGUGUCCUGGCGUCACUUCGUGAUAAGCGUUCUCGUUUAGCUUCUUGUGACGAGGUAUUAGUAGCCUUUGUCAUAGAUGCUACGGCCCGUUCGAUUGCUUUUAGACUUUGCCUUGUUUCUUCCAUGCCUUGUGUAAGUUUCUGUAUUUGUGAUGCCACCGUUGAGUCUGAUGGUUUGGCUUUGUUGAUAGUAUCUCUUGGAUUUGUGCUUGAUGAAGAGGAGUUGCUCAUCCUAGCUUUGCUUCUGGAACGUGGGGUGCUUCUGCUAGGAGGUGAUGAAUUUUUUGAAUUUUCCAUGUGGUAUUCGUGGAUCAAAAAGAACUCGACCCCAUGGUGGGCGCCAAAUGUUAACCGUAAAAAUAGAGUAGAAGGUGCGAGACCAAGAUCUUUAUUGAUAGAGAGUGUUUACAAUAGAGGGAGAAUGAUGGUGGACAAAUAAUCUACCUCCUUAGGUUGAUCCUAGAGGUAUUUAUAGGAUGCUUAAAUAUAGUUAUUCUAGGAAUACAGUUUUAUUUGAUUG